AUGUUUUCCAAAAAGCAGUCUAAUGAGUCGCGGCGGUUGCUCGAGAAAAAAAUGUACCUCGCUCGAGAACGUCCAGAUGAUAUAUUUGACCUAUCUUCAUGUGAACUUAAAAUGAUUCCUGAUGGAACUUUUUCACUUGUUAAGGUUUUACUAAAAACGAAAUUAUAUUUGCAACAAAAUUUUUUACAAAAACUUGAUUCCGGUGGUAAACUAACAUGCCUUCAAAAUAUUGUAUUGCUUGAUAUAAGUUCAAAUGAAUUUCAACAAUUACCUGAUAGUCUUUAUGAGUUAAAAUGUUUACAGGUUUUAAAUGCUUCAAAAAAUCUGUUAUCAAAAUUACCUUCUACCAUAACGUCUCUUUCUCAACUUUUAUUUCUUAAUGUUGAAGAUAAUCGUCUUACUGAAUUACCAUCAGAUUUUGGAAAAUUACAACAAAUUACAAAACUUUAUUUAAAAAAUAAUCCUUUAUCAUCUUUACCUAAACAAUUAUGCUUUUUGAAAGAUUUAAAAGAAUUAACUCUUUCCUGCGAUCAUAUACAAUAUCCUACUUCAGAUAUAUGUAAGCUGGGACUGGAAGCAAUAAUGGAUUAUUUAUCUAAAGAAGAAGGAAUGAAAUGUUGUAAUGUUGUUGCUAAUCCUGAAAAUGUGGUUAGUAAUUACACCUCCACAAAUAAGAAUAACACUUUCAAUGAAAUGAAUGAACGAAAAAUGCAAAGUUAUUCCAACGAUACAUCAACACCAUCAUCAUCAUUGACUAAUUAUACUCAAAAACGAAACGAAGAAAAUCUUUUAGCCUUAGAAUUAGAACGUCAAUCAUUGGAAAGUCGUUGGACUAAACAAGAAUUAAAUUCUAAAUUGAAUCAAAAUAAACAAAUACUUGUACAAUUAGCAGAAGAAGAAACACGUGUUUGUGCUGAAUUAUCUGCUAUACAAGAUAAGCGAAAACAACAACGUUGUGCAUUAAUUUCUAAUGUUACACUAGCUGAACAAAAUGCUGCUGAUAUAAUCAAACAAAUAUUGGCAAUUAAUAAAUCAGCAAAGUUAAUAGAGAAGAUGAAAGAUGUAUUCAAUGCACAUCAAUUUAUUUCUGCUGAUUAUACAUCUUUGUCACAAUCGAAACGAAACGAAAUUCUAGCUUCAAUGCAAGAAAUGUUGUCAGUUACAGAUAACGCUUAUGCAAUUCAUACAAUGAACUUGAAUUCUAUAAAACUUCAUAGUCUUUCAAAUAAUCAAGAUUCUACUAGUGAAUAUGUUAAACAAGUUUUAGCGAAUAAACGUGCUGAUCAUACAAAAUUAACCUUUAAUCUUAUGCUAGAGGAAAGUGUUCAAAAAGAAGCUUUUGCUCAGUUACAACGCCAAAAGGAUGGUCAAGCUGUAAGAUUACAAAAAGAGAUAUGCUUAAUAGAAGAAGAACUUUGCCGGCUUACCUUAGCUGAACGAUCACGUAUUAAUCAGCGUACUGAGGUUAAUCAACGUGUUCUUGAUGAGUGUAGAUCUGAACUACUGCAAUUAUUAACUCAAUUAAUAGAUGAACAACAAGAUCGUCAAAAGGAAUUACGAAAACGUUUGGAGGAAAUCGAACAACAAAAGAAAGACGACCAAUUGGACUUUUGGUUAGUUCAAUAUCAACGUGUAUUGAAUUCAAAACCUGUCGAAUUACUUGAUAAGACAGACUCAGAUGUUCAAAUAAUUCUUAGUAAUGCACAAUCUUUGGAAUUUUUGCCUAAUUUUCAACGACAUGCUAUUACCUAUUCAAUUAUGCAAACUAUAACCGAUAGUGAUCUUAAAGAAAUUGGUAUUCACGCUCUUGGAGCACGUCGUGAGAUUUUGAGGCAGAUUGGUUUGUACAAAAUGAAAACAAAUGAUGAAGACAAGACGUUAAAUACGAUAGAAUCACCUCCGAUGCCGUAUGUAACACCAUCAGCUCCAGAAGGUACAUUAUCAAGUAUUGUUGUAUCUGACGAAGUUGUGGCUCGUAUGGAAAAUGAAUGUUGUAUAUGUCAAGAUGCAAUAUGCUCAACGAUAUUCCUUCCAUGUGGUCAUGUCUGUUGUUGCAAGAAGUGCUCUGAAAAUGUCCUUGAUUGUCCACUGUGUCGUUCCAACAUACACAAUCGAAUUCAAUUACAUUUUUGA